UCCGACCAUGUGAAUGACCUGACCGGAAAACAACCGGGCAGAGCGGAGCGCAGGCAGGCAGAGGAAAGAUGGCAGCCGCGGCAGUGGCUGAGUUUCAGAGAGCACAGUCUCUUCUUGGAACAGACCGGAAUGCCUCUAUCGAUAUCUUACAUUCUAUAGUGAAGCGGGACAUCCAGGAGAGUGAUGAGGAGGCGGUGCGUGUUAAAGAGCAGAGCAUCCUGGAGCUGGGCGGGCUGCUGGCCAAGACAGGACAGGCUGCAGAGCUUGGGGGUCUGCUGAAAUAUGUACGCCCUUUCCUCAACUCCAUCUCCAAGGCCAAGGCAGCCCGGCUGGUGCGCUCGCUGCUGGACCUGUUUCUGGACAUGGAAGCUGCUACGGGUCAGGAGGUAGAGCUCUGUCUGGAGUGCAUAGAGUGGGCCAAGGCUGAGAAGAGGACUUUCCUCAGACAGGCACUAGAGGCUCGUCUCAUCUCGCUGUAUUUUGAUACAAAGUGCUACCAGGAAGCACUCCAGCUUGAAUCCCAGUUGCUGCAGGAGCUGAAGAAGAUGGACGACAAGGCCCUGCUGGUGGAGGUUCAGCUGCUGGAGAGUAAGACAUACCAUGCACUCAGUAACCUGCCCAAGGCCCGCGCCGCCCUCACAUCUGCCAGGACAACAGCCAACGCCAUCUACUGCCCUCCUAAACUACAAGCAGCUCUAGACAUGCAGUCAGGAAUCAUUCACGCAGCAGAGGAGAAAGACUGGAAGACGGCGUACUCCUACUUCUACGAGGCUUUCGAGGGCUACGACUCCAUCGACAGCCCACGAGCCAUCACAGCCCUCAAAUACAUGUUGCUCUGCAAAAUCAUGCUCAACUUGCCGGAGGACGUCCAGGCUCUCAUCAGUGGCAAGCUAGCUCUGCGUUAUGCUGGCAGACAGACAGACUCACUGAAAUGUGUGGCACAAGCCAGCAAGAACCGGUCGCUGGCAGACUUUGAAAAGGCACUGACAGAGUACAAAGCUGAGCUAAGGGAUGACCCCAUCAUCAGCACCCAUCUGACCAAGCUGUAUGACAACCUGCUGGAGCAGAACCUCAUCAGGGUCAUAGAACCCUUUUCUAGGGUCCAGAUAGCACACAUUUCCUCCCUCAUCAAACUCUCCAAGGGAGACGUGGAGAGGAAAUUAUCACAGAUGAUCCUGGACAAGAAGUUUCACGGUAUUUUGGACCAAGGUGAAGGUGUGCUGAUUGUCUUCGAUGAGCCGGUGGUGGACAAGACGUACGAGGCAGCCCUCGAGACCAUUCAGAACAUGAGCAAAGUGGUCGACUCGCUCUACAACAAAGCCAAGAAGCUAACAUAAGAGAGAGCGAAACCAUCGGUCCUCCUGCUCGGAGUGACUCGGGCCAGUCAGACCUCCGUCGAUCGAUCACUUCAACCCGGGAGCGACGAGGGGAGGAGGACGAGGAGAUUACAAACAUUUAACAACCCAGCAAGCAAACAAACCAGCUGACCACGUGAAGACGACUCGACAGAAUAACAAAGCGACCGGGCGGACCUCUGAGCCCGCUCUCAGCCCUCUGCUCUCCCUCCCUCCUGUCUCUUCCUUCCAAUCUGACUGGGGUUGAUUUGACACAACGUGCUCCUCCCUAUGGACAAAUCCAGGCACUGUGCCCCUCUUCUCUUCUCCCAUCACUGGUUUCUACUGUAUGUCAAAUUGGACAACACGCCUCCCUCUCUCCCCCCUUUUCCCCUCUGUUUCUUUCUGCACUGGCCAUCAGGGAAUCUUGUAAUAUAACAAUAAAAAAUACAUAUACAGUACUUAUACAUACAUGUAUUAUAUUUAAAAAAACAACAAAAAAAACAUGCUCGGUCUGUUUUCAGAGUGUAACCGGGGGUAAACGUGGGUUGGUCAGUCAGUCUGUGUCUCCCACUGGAUUCUACCUGUUCUGUUUGCCAGCCGGGCCUGAAGCUGAAUGUCUGAAUCUCUCCUGAUUUUCUGCAGUUUUUGAACACUCGCCCCACAUUUAAUGAGGUCGCCUGAAGAACAGUCCCUCCCUUCUUCCUCACGUCCCCUCACCUGUUCCCCCCCCCCCCCCCCCCCUGCGAGUGGUCUCGCUCACUCACAAAGGCAUUCUGGAAUUUGUGGACCAUACAGGGAAUUUACUCUUCUAUCCACUUGGGACCAUGCUACAAGGAGAGGAGGACAUUUAUCACCACAUUGGGGUCUCUCCUAUACCCCCCCCCAUGUCCCCUCCGCACUCCUACUUCCUGUUUGUAUAUAACAUUGCCAAGCGCCUCAGUUCAUCCAAGGCCUGAUGUAUUCACACUGUCCCCCUUUUUUAUAAUGCAUAAGAACAGAAAAAAACUUGGCUGCUGAGAGCUGGGUCGGUCACACAAAGUGCUUUUGUUGCUCAACAUGUGACUGCAGUGGGAACUCGCUCUGCGUUCUGAGAUGUGAUGGUUUGUUGUAAAGAAAAAAGGCGGGUUUCGCUGAAGAAAAAUCAAACUGUACAUUUCUGGGAACUUAAUUUUGCAAGGACUCGAGGGUUUAUCAUAUAUGACAUAGAGAAAGACAAAUGCUAAUAAAAAAUAAAAAUAAAAAUUAACCCUGCAA